AUGGAGUUUGCUAUAUCCAAAGAAGGUGUAUUUACGAAUCAACGUAAAUAUGUUCUUGAUUUACUUAGUGAGACAGGUCUGUUAGGAUGUAAACCAACCGAGACACCCAUUGAGCCCAACCUGAAGCUGCAGCCUUCUAAAGAUGAAGAAGUUAUGAAUAGAGAGCAGUAUCGAAGAUAUGUUGGAAGACUGAUCUACUUGUCACAUACACGUCCAGAUAUAGCUUUUGCAAUUAGCAUGGUUAGCCAGUUCAUGCAUUCACCUAGACGAGAACACUUUGAUGCAGUCUACAGAAUUCUUAGAUACCUAAAGGGGACCCUUGGAAGAGGUCUACUAUUAAAAAACCGUGGGCAUUUGCAAGUUGAAGCCUAUACUGAUGCGGAUUGGGCUGGGAGUGCUAUUGAUAGACGGUCAACUUCUGGCUACUACACCUUUGUUGGAGGUAACCUUGUCACCUGGCGGAGUAAAAAACAGAAUGUAGUAGCAAGAAGCAGCAUAGAGACCGAGUUUAGAUCAGUUGCUCAUGGAAUUUGUGAGGUGUUAUGGAUUUAG